AUGCUGGGCACCGUACUACCCGGCCGGACCCUGGACGAGCCAAAGGUCGUCGAUGCCAUCCUCCCCUCGCCAUCCCACGCCCUCUGCUUCGCCGUAGCAGGCCUCUGCCUCUACCUCCUCUACAGAUGGGCGCUCCCCAGACCGAUCCCCGGCAUCCCCCACAAUGAGGUCGCCGCGAGGCACAUACUCGGCGACAUACCCUCCCUCAAGGAGGGCAUCGACCGCACCGGCGAGUUCAACCUCUGGCUCCUCGAGCAGUCGGCCCGCCUCCGGUCCCCCAUCUUCCAGGUCCUCAUCCGGCCCCUCGGCCGACCCAUCGUCGUCCUCACCGACUUCCGCGAGACCCAGGACAUCCUCAUGCGCCGCCGCGACUUCGACCGCUCCUCGCUGGUGGCCGACCUGCUCGAGGGCGCCGGCCGCCAGCACCACAUCCACAUGAAGACGGGCGCCGAGUGGAAGCGCCACCGCCGCCUGCUGCAGGACCUCAUGUCCCCCGCCUUCCUCCACGAGGUCGCCGCGCCCACCGUCUACGCCGGCGUCCUGCGCCUCAUCGCGCUGUGGGAGGACAAGGCGCGCAUCGCCGACGGCAGGCCCUUCGAGGCCGAGACGGACAUCUACUACGCCGCGCUCGACGCCGUGACAUCCUUUGUCUUUGGCGGCGGGUUCCCCCACAGCGCCAUCCGUCCGACCGUGGAUCUCGUUGAGGCGCUGGCCGAGGACGAUGUCGCCCGGCUCCGGGAACGGGCCGAUGCGGCGGGCAGCCCCGGCGGCGGCGGAGGCGGCGGUAGUGCCGGACCCCUGGAUUUCCCCCAGGGGAAGUGCGACGAGACGAUCGAGGCGACGCUCAACGUGGCCGCGUCCAUCGAGCAGCUGCAGGGCUCGCCCAUACCGCGGAUCAAGUGGUGGUUCGUCGAGAGGCAAGCCGCCAUGCGCCGGACGUUCCGCACCAAGAAGGCCUACGUGAGCGCCGAGAUCACCAAGGCGCUCGACAGGCUGCGCGAGGUCGGCGACGAGGAGUCCAAGGUCCUCUCGGCGGUCGAGCUGAUGGUGCUGCGCGAGAAGAAGCUGGCCGAGAACGAGGGCCGCGAGCCCGAUUUCUUCUGCGACACCAUGGUCGACGAGGUCUUUGGAGUCGUCGUCGCGGGCCACGACACGACGAGCACCACCAUGUGCUGGGGCGUCAAGCUCCUCGCCGACAACCCCGACAAGCAGACGGCCCUGCGCGGCGCCCUCCGCGCCGCCUUCGCCGACGCCCUCGCCGAGAACCGGAGCCCGUCCGUCACGGAGAUCUCGGGCGCCAGGAUCCCCUACCUCGACGCCGCCAUGGAGGAGAUCCUCCGCUGCGGCGGCGCCACGCCCAUGGUCGACCGCGAGGCCAUCGCCGACACGCAGCUGCUGGGCCACCGUAUCCCCAAGGGCACCGUCGUGCUGUGCCUGAGCCGCGGGCCGGGCAUGCUGAAGCCCGCGCUCGAGGUCGACGAGGCGGCGCGCAGCGCGAGCAGCCGGGCCGCCAAGGCGCGCGCGUGGGACGACGCGGACAUCGGGCUCUUCAGGCCGGAGCGCUGGCUCGUCGAGUCCGCUUCCGCCCAGGGGGGGGCCGAGUUCGACCAGCAGGCCGGCCCGCAGCUCGCGUUCGGUCUCGGCACGCGUGGCUGCUUCGGGAGGAGGCUGGCGUAUCUCGAGCUGAGGAUCAUCCUGACCUUGAUCGUGUGGAACUUUGAGCUGCUCCCGUGCCCGGAGAAGCUGUCCGGCUACGGGGCCCGGGAGGGCUUGACGUAUAAGCCGAAGGAUUGCUACGUGCGUCUGGCGGCUCUCGGCGGGAAGAAAUAG